AAAAUGGCUUCCACCGGUGACUACCUUGAGCUGCGCCCUCGCAAGUCUUCGGUCGAUGGGGGGAUUUUAGGUUGCCCUAGGCCGGUAUCCCCUGAGUACGUGGUCGACUGGGACGGACCAGCAGACCCCAAAAAUCCUCAGAAUUGGGCCAGUUGGAAGCGGUACACAUAUCUGGCAAUACUUGAAUGGCUCUCAUGUACUGUUGGCAUGGGCUCCAUGAUAGUCAUGCCUGUGAUGGGAAAUGUCAUGAAAGAGCUCGGGAUAAACAUCACAUGUUUUCCGCUACUUGACCUCGGUUUCUAUCUUCUAGGCUCUGCAUUGGGUGCACUCUUCUUUCCACCUAUCUCCGAAGCGUACGGCAGAUUACAAGCGUAUCACUGCGGUAAUAUCAGCCUCCUGACAUUCACGAUCAUAUGUGCACUGAGCAAGUCACCAUUCCAAUUCAUCACCUUUCGUAUCCUUGUCGGGUUUGCCGGAGCGGCGCCCCUUACAGUGGUUGGAGGGACGGUGGCAGAUCUAUAUCGGCUCAGAGAGCGCAGCCGGGCGGCAACUGGUUUAGCUAUUGGGCCACUGCUUGGAGCUAUUUUUGGACUGUUGAUCGGGCGUGCCUUGGCGUCGUCAUCCAAUUGGAGAUGGGCCCUUUGGAGUAUUUCAAUCGCCAGUGGAAUAGGAACAUUAGCCACGUUGGCAGCUAUGCGGGAAACGCAUCCUAAGAUCUUACUCGAAAGGAAGGCAGACAUACUACGAAAGAGAUCAUGCAGUACUCAUAUCCGAUCAGCGCACGAUCGCAGCCUGGGUCACUGGCAAUCCUUAUCUCCCGCCUUCACCCGUCCCAUCAGGAUCGUUGUUUUUUCACCAGCUGUCUCGAUGAUUUCCGCCUACAUAGGAAUUGUCUUAGGCCUUCUUCAUCUGCUGAUUGUAACAAUCUCCUGGGUAUUCGAAAUGCAAUACGGCUUUGGCCCCGAUUUAUCUCUCCUGCUUGGACGAAGCCUGGAUUUUGGGGUAAUACUCGGUAACUUUUUCGCUGCUCUAUUGACUGAUUGCAUCUUAAGGAGGCACAUGGCGUCAGCUAGUGUUACGCAGCCAAAGUCAGAAUAUCACCUCACACUAAUGAAGUGGGCUGCUCCUGUCAUUCCGGUGGGCCUAGUCGUCUACAGUUGGACGGCGCAGUACAAAGUCAACCCGGUGGUCCCGACAAUAGGGCUAUUCAUUGUUGGUUUUAGCUGCUUCCUGGUUUGGGUACCAUCGCAGGCCUACCUCAUUGACCUGUACGGCUCCGAAGGUGCCGCCUCAGUCAUGGGGGCUAGUGUUUUCGUGCGUUCACUCUUUGCCGCGUUUCUACCACUCGCUGGAUUCCACUUGUAUGUGAGACUGAACUACGGCUGGGGGAAUACGAUGAUGGGGCUGGUGGUCCUGGUGUUUACAUCUGUGCCGUGGAUCCUCUCCCGGUAUGGGAAAAGGAUGCCAGUGGCCCAACUAUGAGCGUCGGUCAUGAAUUUGGUGUGGUUGGACAAGAAGAGAUUCCAGUGUUGUUAAACAGGCUCUCUGUGAACGGUUAGCGGGGGCUGAAUUGAAGCCGGACAUGCCUCUAUUCCUCAAUCAUGUGUCUACAAGAAGCAUUGUGGUAUUC